UAUACGCGUUUCAAACACAAACGGGCGAGUGAAAAUGCAAACAAAAAAUGACCCACUAAAUUUAAAUAUCUGUUUUUCUGAGUAACACUUGGGAACAGCACACAUAAGAAAUAUAAAUAGUAAUAUAGGAAUCCUUUCCUACGACGUAUAGUGGUUGAAGCCAGCACAUUCAAAAUGGCGGCCAGUCUGCUCCACAGCGAAUAUUUAAUACACUUGGUCAACUAGAUAAAAUCAACUACCAGUGACUUCUUGGUUUGAAUUAAUUCGUUUUAUUUGUCAACACAAAUAGUGUACUAUUGCAAAUUAUUGUUUUCGACAUGUCGGACUCUGAGGAAGAAAGUCAAGAUCGACAACUGAAGUUUGUAGUGAUCGGAGACGGCGCAUCAGGCAAGACGUCACUGGCCACCAGGUUUGCUCAGGAGGCGUUUGGGAAGCAGUACAAACAGACCAUCGGCCUGGACUUCUUCCUCAAGAGAAUAACUCUUCCAGGCAACUUGAACGUGACCCUGCAGGUGUGGGACAUCGGGGGACAGUCGCUGGGAGGGAAGAUGCUGGAUAAAUACGUCUACGGUGCUCAUGGUGUUCUGCUGGUCUACGACAUCACCAACUACCAGAGCUUUGAGAACCUGGAGGACUGGUUCGGCAUGCUGAAGAAGGCCAACGAGGAGUCGCAGGUCCAGCCCCUCGUCUGCCUGGUCGGCAACAAGAUCGACCUGGAGCACAUGAGGACGGUGAAGUCGGACAAACACCAGCGCUUCUGCCAAGAGAACGGCCUCAUCAGUCAGUUCGUAUCGGCCAAGACGGGGGACUCGGUGUUCCUCUGUUUCCAGCGGGUGGCCGCUGAGAUCCUGGGAGUGAAGCUCAACAAGGCUGAGAUGGAGCAAUCCCAGAUGAUCGUGAAGGCUGAGCUGGUGAACUACCCGCAGGACGAAGGACCCAUUAGCCAAGACACCGCUCAGCGGAGCAAAAUAUGCUCCAUUCAGUAGGCCAAACGUGUGGUGAAGGCAGACAUCGUGAACUACAGUCAGGAUUCCGUGGCCCGGGCCGCCAACCCCCAGCGAAGCUCCAUGUGCGUGGUCCAGUGAUUCAAGCCCACUCUGGAUCACACACCCUCCCCCCAUUCCAUCCCCUUACCCCCAUGUCCCCAUGUCUACCCUUAAGGACACGCACACACCCAAACACAAACACACACACACGUACACACAAAAUUUCACUCAUGCUCACGAUUCGAUGGGGAAGUCAGUAUUCGUUGUUUCAGGCAGGGGGUUUGGUGGUCACAUGACCAAUUGGAUUCCUGUUAAGUUGGCCUUGCUGUGUUAUUUGUAUUUGUAAGUGAGAAGAAGCAACUGAAUCCCAGUUCUGCAUGUAUGAAAUCUAGAUUUUCUUUUGUAAAUUAUAAGUCCUCUUGUGUUUCCCAGUUUAAAGUCACAAUGUGUUUUUAGUGUUUAUUUUUCUUUAACCAUGGCCAAUAAUAUCUUACCAUCGAACCGGUUCCAUUGUCGAACAAACUCAUGCCAACUUGUGUUUCGUUGUGCGACUGUUUGACUGUAUCUUACUGCAGAGAAAACCUGGUUUUCUGCAGACGAAGACGGGAGCGUCCACUAUGCUUUCAAAAUCUUCGAUAAACAUACGUUGUUCCUUCAUACGUGUUGGGUUUUCAGCUCAUCGUUGUGUUUUAAAACUACAGUGUAUCACAAAUGCUAUCGGCUAAAACUUCUGCUAUUGCCUCCAGUUGGGGUGUUCAGAUCGGGCUAAUCUCACAAAUCAGACUUUAGAUAUUAAUCUAAGUCGAAGAAAGUUCUGUCUAAAUGAUAAGGCCUUCACUCAUAUUUAUUCUUGCCUGCUAUUAGACUUUAGAUAUUAAGUCUGAUGGUAGACGAGCUAAGACCUUGGUGAACAGGAAUUUAAUGAAUGAAUUAAUGUCUUUGUUUCGCUUCAUAUCUAUUUCGACAAUCAUGUUGCUGGAGGCGGGGAGCUGUAAGCAUGUCAUUGCUGAUCUCCAACUCGGCCAGCAGUAGUCAACUGUAAAACAAAAAUGUGGUUUCAAAUCAACACCAUGCAGUCUGGCCAAUUAAGGAAUACACAUGUUAAAAUGCCCUUCUGAAAGCUUCAUCCACUGUUUCAGAUGAGUUUACUAUGGUGUAAUUUCUCAGUAAUGAAGCAACAAACAAAGCGUAUCUCAGCCCCUUGCAGGUCCUGGUUUCCGACCAACGUUCUGUACCGUCUCCUCCUGCUAUAGCGUAGGACGGCUGGAUCCCAGAUAAAGGUCGGACUAUCUGAUACACGUACAAAGAGGGGAUGGGUUGGGGUCGCAUUUACCAGCUGUGUUCAAGGACGAGUGUGUACUUGUGUUUGUAUGUUAAACCAGUGGCUUCUACAUCCAUGGGGCUGCUAUAUUCAUAGGAAGAUAAAUAUGUGAUAUGAACAGAAGUAGAGUGAACUUAAGUUUAGUUUUUUAUAUUUGCCAAUAGCGGCUUGCAUUAGCAGUGCUGUGGUGUUGGUGUUACUUAAAAGAGAAGUGUUAAUUUUGUGACUUUUAGAUGACAAAAAAUGAAAUCCUUUAUUUUAAAAAAACUACAAGACAAUACGUUCUUGUGCAUUUAUGGUUCCUCAGAUUUACAUCUUAUAUUGUAAUCAGUGAUCAUCCUAAAAUAAUCAAUAACUUUCAGAUUAUUUAUAUUCAUAGUGUUCCUUUCAUUUCAAAACAGAUAUAUUUGUGUUUUGCUGAUUAAAGUCAAAGUGACUCAGUUGAGCAGCUAAAAGAUAAAAUGAUUUGUUAGGGAGCAGAGGAGUUUGCAUCGAUGCUAUGACUUUUUGAAGCAAUGCUAAUGAAAGACUAGAGGAUAUACGCUGUACUGUAAACAAUAUAAAAGAAAGCCUACUUCUGGUUACGUGGUUUAAUGGUGUCUGCCUUUAUUUUAUGUUGUUAUACCAUAUUUGUAACGUAGCUUCUUUCUUGGUAUUGUUCUGUGACAGAUCUUUCUCUCCCUCUCAUUCUGUGAGUAGCUGUCUCUCUCGUUACCACUUCUUCACGGAGGCCUGCUCCUUUUCAAAUCAUAAUCAUGUGAACUAAAGGUGAAACGAUAAGAGAAAGAAAAUCACAAAUGUACACUUUAAAUUGGGUUGUUAAAUUACAUUUUAUUGAACAUGCUGUUCUUUGUAUAUAAAAUCACCUAUGGAAUAAAAC